AUGUGUUCGUUAUACAGCAACUCGAUUGUUUCCGUCCCUCCCUCUCACCCAUUACCCCUCCCUCGGUCGCGCCCCUCAAUCCCCGUUAGAGCUCCAUUCGAAUUCGCAAAUUACGCGCUCGCAUCCAACAAGUGCCGACACACGCGCAGCCAUGGAUUCGUUUUUAGGCACACUAGGUCUGCUCACCACGUGUCUCCUUCAGGCUGCUUAUUGGUUCGUUCCCCACUGCCUCGUUCCCCCAUGCCCUUCCCAUACUGUUCCACUCCUAACCAGUGCUAUUCCGCCAUGACAUCCCCCCAUGCGAACGCCUUCCAAAAAGCUUCCUCGCCCUAUUCCCGCAGCAGCAUCACUACAGCCCCCUUCUCCUGCUCCCUCCUCUCCUCCAUCCUCUGGACUGCCUACGCCCUCCCUAUAGUCACGCCCCGCCGUGUCCUCUUCCUGCUCGCACACCUCCUACAGUCACUCUCCCUCUCCGCCCUCCUCCUCGCCCUUAUCUCCUCUGACUCCUCCACCCACACCCUGCGCCUGCGGCAGGUGCUGCAGCUGCUGCUACCAGCCUCUGGCCUCUCCAUUCUGGUGCUCUUCCUCGGAUCCUUCAUCGCACCUUCCUCCCUCGUCAUCGGAUGGACUGCCUCAGUUGCUGCUGCUCUCCUGCUCGCCUCUCAGCCCCUGUCCCGCAUGCUCAGCCUGUUGGACUCGGCAACAGGCGCCCAGCCAUCGCACCUCUUCCUCAGCUGCUCAGCUCUAGCUGCGGCAUGCUCGUGGGGCGCCUUUGGCUUUGCCGCUCGUGACCACUUCAUCGCUGUGCCCUAUGUGGUAGUGGCAGUGCUUGAAACCCUUUUUCUCGCUCUUUCCACAUUCCUGGGGGCUUCCAGCAGUGCAGCAUCACAGCAGAGGGCAGCAGAGGGGUACGAGCUAGUCGCCCCCACAGCGUCAGAGUCAGGCUUAACGGAGCAAUCGCUAGACGACACACCGGAUGAGUUUGACGAGUGGUUACAAAUGGAUGUGCUACAUGGACGUAGACUGGCUUAG